GCACUUUAAUGUUUUGUCACUUGAACACAUUGCUGAGCUGCAACAAUGCUACGCAAGGGUAUUACAGAGAGCUUUGGAGCUGCUAUCCACGCCUUAAACACCACUCAGCUGACAGAUGGUGUGAUUAGCAGGAGCAAGAGGAUGAUGCUGGACACCCUGGGUGUCGGGUUGUUAGGAACCAGGACAGCUGUCUUCAACAAGGCUCUCACGUACAGCCAGCUGUUCACGUCUGACGACAGGAGCAGUGUUUGGGGUAAAUCCAAGACAACUCUUCCUCCUCAUUACGCUGCAUUUGUCAACGGCAUCGCGGUUCACUCCAUGGACUUUGACGACACUUGGCACCCUGCGACUCAUCCCUCAGGAGCUGUGCUACCUGCCCUGCUGGCUCUGGCUGAGACGCUGCCCAGUCGGCCCUCUGGUCUGGACCUGCUGCUGGCCUUUAAUGUUGGCAUUGAGGUGCAGGGAAGACUCAUGAGGUUCUCCAGAGAGGCCUACAACAUCCCUGAGAGGUUCCACCCUCCAAGUGUUGUUGGGGUGAUGGGCAGCGCCGCAGCCUCAGCAAAGCUCCUGUGUCUGUCCCCUGCACAGUGUAGUCACGCUCUGGCUAUCGCAGCCUCCUCUGCUGGGGCUCCCUUGGCCAACGCUGCCACGCAAACCAAACCUCUCCAUAUUGGAAAUGCUGCUCGGAGAGGCCUGGAGGCCGCUCAGCUGGCCCGGAUGGGACUUGAGGGGAACCCAGCCAUCCUGGACUUAAACUGCGGGUUUGGGGUUUACUAUAAGAACUACAGUCCUUCAGAAAUGACUAUUCCUGCUUCGAGUGACUUUAAAUGGAUUCUGGAAGAUCAGGAUGUGGCUUUCAAGCGCAUCCCUGCUCACCUGGGGAUGCACUGGGUUGUGGAUGCAGCGCUGGCAGCCCGCGCAAAGCUUGACAAUACAGUCGGGAACUUUGACCUCAGUCAGAUCCGGCACGUCACACUUCGAGUGCCUCCGUCCAAGUACGUUAAUUGCCCCUUACCUGCCACAGAGCACCAAGCCAGGCACUCAUUUCAGUUCAACGCCUCUUCUGCGCUGCUAGAUAACAAAGUGACAGUGUCUUCCUUCAGUGAAACUCAGAUUAACCGGCCUGCUCUAAAGGAGCUCUUGUCCAAAGUCCUGGUGGAGACCCCGAAAGAUAACCAACCAAAUUUUGACAAGAUGUACUGUGAGGUGGAGAUAGAAACUGAUCAGGGGCAGAGUUAUGCAGCCAGAUGCGAUACCUUUUAUGGCCACUGGAGGAGGCCACUGAGUCAGAAGGAUCUGGUGGAGAAGUUCAGCGUUAAUGCUUCCUCAGCGUUGUGCACAGAGGGAGUGGAGGGCGUGAUCGAAGUGAUGGGAAACAUCGAGAGCGUGAGAGAAUGCUCAAUCUUGGGUUCAUAUCUGAGAAUGACAAGUGGUCAACAGGAGUAGUUCUACAGCAGAGUUUGUGAUUAUACAGUAUUUAAUGACGCCAAUGUGUGUGUUAUAUGUGUGAAAAUGUAAUAUUUUAAACUUUUCUAAUAGAAUCAUAAUGUUAAUAUUAAUAUUCAUCAUUUUUCUUGCAUGGAGUAAGAAAUAAACUGAACUGAAAUUUUU